CUCUUUUGAACACGAUUCAAACGACCCUGGCGUGAUUUGAUUUCAUCCAUAACUCUGCUAUUCAAAUCAUCAUCGGAGAUCUAAAGAUCCAAAAUGGAAAUGGAGGAACAACAUCAGCCCGAAGAACAAGCCCUAGAUCAGGUAUCCGAUGAAGUCCAGGAGCUUGAGACAUUAGAAGAAGAUGUGAAGCUUAUGGCGAAGAAGAUAGCGGAGUUUAGAGAAACAUUGCCGACUCAGCUCCAGAACACUCUGGCCUCAGUUCUCUCUGCUCAGAGGCCGGUUAAUUUGAACCAGUUUGAUAAUGAUCCUGGAACCUCCAGUAAUCCGAAUCCAGAGAGCGAGGCAUUAGUAGAACAUGACCCGAUAUAUACCGAAAAAAUACAAAUGAUUAAGCAGAAGAUUUACAACAACGCUUCUGCAAUGCCGUCCCUUUUGAAGAGAAUGAAAGAUUGUAUUUCGAGAAUCGACAAACUUGAUUCUUUCAACAGUGGAAUCCAUCCUGCUUUCAAAAGAAGAAAGAUCACCUCAGAAGAUAGCUUCAUUUGAGGUAACACCUUACAUUUGUUAAUGACUAGUAUUUGUUUGAAUGAAAGUCUAUAUGCUCGUUUUUUGGAUCGACUUGAAUCCAUUGUUAUGACCAAAUAUCAUUUAAACUAAACCUUUGACAUUUCUCCGUAUCA